AAAAUCAAGGACAAAUGCUAGAAGGGAGAUCAAUAACAAGAGCUUGGGAUGGUCUAUUACCUAACCGUAUACUCAUAUACUGCACAAAACAUGAUAUAGAUAUUGAAAGUGGAACUGUAAGAAGGGACCACAUAAAAUUCCCUGAUGUCAAACAGAAUACGAGCACCCUCAAAAAGAAGAUUAUUUUAGAAGCGAAAUGGAAGCCAAUAUCAGAGUUCCUUGUAGAGGGAGAGAAAGUUGUGUCUAAGAGAAAUAUUUCCUUGGAAAAAUCACAUAAGGGAAAAAAUGCUGCUACAAAAAAACCAUAUUUGCAAAAGAAGAAGACUAAGAAAUUGAUGUCAGGGCAGAAAUCUGUGUCUAAGAAGAGCAACUUCUCUCCAGAAGAAUCAGUCGGGCAAACAAGUGAUCCGGUACUAUCAAAACUAGUGAAGCAGAAGCUUUAUUCAGUGAAAGAGAAGACUAAUAUAAAAGAGAAAACUAUCGUUGAAGAGAAAGAGGGCCAACUUACAUCAAUGGUCUCUGUUGACAGAGAUAAAGCUGUAUCAAAGAGGAAACUGACAUCAGAGCUCAUUGUAGAUGGAGAUGAGGGUGUGUCUAAGAAGGGAAGUCCUUUGGAAGAAUCAUUGAGUGCGACUGCUUCAACUGUACCCAAACCGAAGCGGAAGUUGACUUCUGCUGUGAAAUUGGGCAGUAACAGAAAUAGGGAUGACAAGUCUUCAGUUACAGAUAUUUCAAGGAUGGUGAAACGAAAUAAUUUACUUAAAAAGGAACUCCAGACUUCCGUGUGUGAGAAAAUCAUGACCUCACUGGGUGAAAUGCCAUUUUUUUCAAUGGGGUCUGAGCGGGUGAAAUUCGGGAACCUUGAUACACCUGAUGCUACUUCAGUUAGUCAGAUACACAAGGAAAUGCCACCACGUACAGAAUGUGGUGACCAUGGAAAUCAGCAUCCGAACCCCAGCAAGUCUUGUAUGUACUGUGCCCAUGCUAAUGGUCGAAUCCAUUUGAACAUUCCUGAUGAUGAAGGCAGAAGGUGCACUGAGAGUAAUGUUAAGGGGUGCAAUAGAGAGAACUCAGGGAAACCAUAUUUAAAUGGGAUGAAACAGGAAAAGAAAACAGAAUUUGACUUAGUCCCACAGCCAGAUCUUCAUUUUUCAAGAGGCAGUUAUUUAGCGGGUCAAAAUUCAGUAUAUGAUGUUAGGGCAUUCUCAUCUAGUUUUUACAGCCAUAUAGGCCCUGUUGCUGACUCGUUAUUUAGUAUGAAAAGUUUAGCUAUGCCAUCAGAUGCAACUAUAUUGGUUGAUCCAACAGCACCCCAACGUGGUUACCUGAAUAGGUCUAUGGGUUUCGCUCCUGGUCCUCACCUGAACUAUUCACUACAGAAUUCAGCUGGUUGGAUCGAUGAGUAGUUGAAUACUUUAGUGGAUUCCUCGGUGAGUUAUAAAGGUCUAUAGUAAAGUUGCUUGUUGGUACUCUAUUUAGUAACUUUCCAAUGCUGUCCUUUGUUUUCUGGUUCUUUGUCUUUUGGUUUUUUUUUUUUUUUUUUCCGGUCUCUACGAAUCUUGCUAAAAGAUCUAGGUUACUAAGGUGAUAUCCCUUUGUUAGCUUUUUUAAGACGGUAAAGAUCGAGUCGAGUGUCACGUUCUCUGCCUUAAGAAAUGCAGUAUGGGAACUUUUUUGCCCUUGUACCCAUGGGGCAAGAGAGCCGUGGGUGUCCUAGCUCAUGUGGUUUUCAUUUGAAGCUAGCAAUGUUGUGAAAGGUAAGUUACUG